AUGAAUCCAAAUAUGAAUUCACAAGGAAUUCCACCAAAUGAAUCACUUGAUUCUUAUCAUUCAUUUGGUUCGAGUCCAUCAUCAUGGCAAGAAUCUCCAACUCGUUUUCGAGGACAAAAUUAUUCUCAAGGUCCUUAUCCAACAUCUAGCUCUCGAAUACGACAACAUGGUGAUUUUUCGCAACGUGGUCGAUAUUCAUAUAAUAAACGUGGUGGUGGCGCUUAUCGUUCACAUAUUCGUGAUAAAAAUUUUGAUCAACAACAAGAACAAUCAGUCGAUAAUAAUAAUGAAUAUCAAACAACUAUGAUUAAUUCUUCGAAUCGUAAAUUUAAUAGUUUUUUUCGUACAAAUAUGUUAGAAGAUCCUUGGAUUAAUAUGAAACCAACAAAAGUACCAUCUAAUGGUACAUCAUUAGUAUUUGAUUCAGCAAAUCAUUAA